AUGCCCACCAUAACUACAGCUGGAGCCCUUCUAGCUCUCGGAGCACCUUCUCCAAAUGAAGGAGAUCCUGAGGACAAUGACUUGGUGCCUACUUCUGGGGAGCAUGUUGAAAUUAAGGUCCUCCACCCCCCUUGGUGUUGGCCUAAGUGGCAAGAAUGCACCGGUCUUACUUCAGUUCCCUUUCCAGCAGUAGCAGUAACCCCGGAGACCUCAAGCCCCUGGAAAACAUCUGAGGCAGCUGAGGCGGUCUCAACUUUUAUUUCUAACUUCUGGGCUUUCUCAGAGGCAGAGCAAGUCAAUUAUAUCAGAUGCCUACCUGACAAUGACACCAAGGGGCAUGACUUGUGGCUGAGCUUCUUCAAUGCCCAGUGGAGCCACUGGAAAGUCAUUAGCAUCUUGGACGCCAUUUUGGUAGAGCGCGCUCUGGACCCGUAUUCAAUCAUGAGGCGUAUGAGGAUCUUGAAUCCUAUGCCUCUGCCACACCUCAUGCUCUUCCAUCAGCUUCCAGAACUUGCUACUUCUCAAAUAACCUUGGCCUACCCUAGCAUUGGAGAAGCACUUUUUGGCAUGGACGCCUUCACGGAGGACCACAUCGCUCUUAAGGAGCCUGUUUGGUGCUUCAUUGACAACCUUAUGGCCUGGAAAGGUGCCCUUUCUCCAUUCUCCAUUCUUAUAUACCUUCUAACGUCUACUGUGGUUGGCCUAGUGCUCACGGAGCUUGUGGAGGGAGGAGAGCGCCCUGAUAUGAAGCUCAUUAGAACAUGGCUGAAGGGUGUAGAGGGACUCACUAAGAUUCUCACUCGCUAUGGGGACAAGGAAUCCCUUAAGAACCUAGCAGAGCAAUGGGAGACCCUUAGCGAUAUACUUCAAGUUUUAGGUAUAGAUCACAAGGGCCAAAACCAGAUGCGCUUACCCAAGCCGCUGAGGGAUGCCCUUCACUUCCUAGCAUCAGAGAAGGAUAUCACACUGCUGUCGGCCUCAAUCCAGGAGCAGCUUAAGCUCUGUGACCCUGAUGCUGAGACCUCUGAUUCUGUACCUGAACUCAAUCUUGAUGGCAAGGAUAGUUGUGACUUUGAGUGGUCAGAAGGGGUGGAGGUGUUCAAGCAUAUGUCAGAGGACCACCUUUGGACCCUCCUGGGGAUUCCAGACCAGUGUUUGCCAUUUUUCAACACUCUUCAAGAUCCCUAUGGAAAACACAAUCCAUGGACUGAGGAGGGAGAGGACUGGAAAGAUAGGCAACAAUGGAGGGGCGGUGCCCUCAACAUUCUAGAUCUUCCCGUCAUUUUGGUCAUGCUGGCAACAUUAAUCCAUCAGUUUACUUUGGAGUUGCACCGAUACCUUCGGCAAGGAAGCUUUGAUAUUCUGCCUUACAAAGGCAAGUGGAGUAAUGAUCGAGCUUUGUGGUGGAAGAACAUUUGGACUAUGCCCAAGCUGCCUGAAGGACGACAGAUCCUUAUCAUCCCUCCUAAAGCAUUGGAGUCUGACUUUGAGCACAUCUUGGAGGCAAGCAACGUCGCCCCCACCCAAAGUCCUCGGCAGAGGGCUAGUUACCCCACCGAAGCCUCUACUACAGUGUAUGGUCGGUGUUUCCUGCUGGUGGGGAUAGAUGAGGCUCAAAACCUCAGAAACAUCAAAAAAAGUUAUUGGGCCUUAUUUGCCCUUCGUGAAAGAUCUGAAUCCAUUGUUACCAUGACGGCCACCCCAAUCACUAAUCGACCGAUGAAUGUCUGGAAUCUGGGAAGAUGCCUCGGUAUGGAAGCCUUUGGCAGCCCCUAUGAUGGUGAGGCAGAAAAAAUGGAUUGUGACCUCCACAAGUCUGCAGCCAAAGAUCGCCAGUGCUUCAAACAAGGGGACAGGGACAAGACCAUCAUCACGGCAAACCUCAAGGGCGAUGCCCAAGUUCAAAUUCCCAGUCUUUACCAAAACCAGAUGCUGAAGUGGAUCUGCAUCAUUUGUCAACGAUUUUCAGGUGUUGUGAUUCAUCGAUCUGUCUGGUCAGUUGACAAUGUCGGUGUCCGAAUCUCCAGCUUGGCUACAUUCCAGGAGCAUUCCCUCUUGGUAAAGCUAUAUGACCAUGAGGUGGAGAACCUCGAGCUAAUCGCCCAAGAACUAGUUGAGAAGGGAGGCAUUUCUACAGCGGCAAAGUUUGCUGGUGGCUCGGUACCUUUGUCUAUCUUUCUUAUGGGAGCCUCUGCUGAUAUAACGUCUCAAGAACUUUUACAUCCAAAUACCCUGGUAGAAGUCAUUCACUGGCAUCUCGAACUGGAUGCCCGAGCUCUGCUAAGAGUUGUGGAGGACAAUCUUGUACCUUCGGCUAUUUCAGCCAAUUCAGCAAAUGAGAACAGCUUAGUUCUCCAACUUCAUGAGGUCCAGGUGUUGCAGAUCCAUGGCAAAAUAACCAUCCCAGCUAGGACAGAAAUCAUUGCUAAAUUCAAAAACAGCAGACGGGAUGGGCCUCGGGUAGGACUGCCUCUGCAGAAGACCAUCCAUGUUUACCGACUUGUUGCUGCAGACACCCAAGAUGUCUUUUUAAAUAACCUCUCCUUUGACAAGGCUGCUGUGUUGAAUGCCUUUACUGGUGCAACGUCCAGCUUAAGGGCUAUUUUCCAACAUGAUGAAGGAGUAGAUGACAGGGUCUCUGAGACGGAGGAACUUCCUCCUAAGGAGUCCAAGGCUGCAGCCAAGACCAAAGCCAAGCCUAAGGGUAAGACCAAGAAGGCGGCCUCCCACAAGGAAGUAGACAAAGGCCAGAAUGAGGCUGCUGGACAGUUGGCACUUGCCUUAGUGGUUGAGGAGCUGUCAGCAGAGAAGUCUGCCGUCCCUUCCAGUUCUACUUCCCUAGGCCCAAGGGCUGCCUCUGAUGCUGGGGAGGAUAGCACAGGCACGGGAUUAGAGACAGGAGCUCAGGAGGUGGACCAAGGCAUCAAAAAAACAGUCACACAAAAGCCUCCCUCCCACCCUGGGAGAGAAGUCACCCGUCUCCCUCUGUCGUUCUGCAGAUGCCCUAAGUGGAGAAGCUGGGGUUCAGAAUGCUGGCAGGGGCCUGCCACCUCCUCAACUUCUGUACCCCCCUCCUGCAGGGUAACGGAAGAGGAGAGAGAAGUGCCCGAUUUAGUAGGCAAGGGGCCUCGGCCACUUCCACAUUUGCACACUUCGCCUCUCAAGCGACCGGCAGAUUCUAGCCCAGAUGCCAGGGUGUCAAAGGCACCCAAGUUGCAACAGGAGAAUGACAUUGCUGCAUUUCUGGCCAGGAUGAGAGACCAGGGAGUGGGCUUUGGCGACAUUAUCAGCCUCAUGGCAGCUCAAUCCAGCAAGCGCCUCUCCUUUACUUUACACCUACCUUUGCUGACCAUACGACAGAUCCAUCCUCCCAGGAUCCAGCCCCAACCCUGUCUUCUUUUAUUCCAGGGUGGAGUGGGGCUGCACUGGCGGCUCCUGCUCCCUUGA